AGGGUAGCUUUGGAAUUGUCAUUAAAAUCACUAUUAAAGUUGUGUAUUUCUAACAGGCUGCAUGUGUACGUAUGAUUGCAUAGUGCAUGUAUGAUUGCAUAGUUUCCUAUUUUUUAGGCUGAAAGAAGUCACGGCGCGCAGCUCAUAUGGGGAGGCUUAAAAUCUGGCGAAAAGUUUUUCCUUUUUACAGGUUGUGUAUGUAUGAUUGCAUGGUUUCCCAAUUUUUUUUAAGCUGGAAGACGCACAUCUCAUCUUGGGAGGCUCAAAGUCAGACAAAAAGUUUUUUGUUUAGUGAAAACUUGAACUUAAUCUAUCCUUUUUUACAGGUUGUGUAUGUUUGAUUGCAUAGUUUCCCUAUUUUUUAAGCUGAAAGGAGUCACGCAACUCCACGUCCUUGGAUCUUCUCUCUAUAAAUGGAUUUGAAGUUUUCGACAACUCUUGCAUAUUUUCAUUGUUUUCAUAGAUUGGGAAUCAUUGAUUUCUUCUUUUCUGGGAAGAGAAAAGAAAGAGAGAAACCAAUCACUAAUGGACGAUAAGGUACAAGGACAAAAUGGAGUCUCCGCUGAAACCCCCAUCCCUCUUCUCAGGCCAUACAAGUUGGGCAAGUUCCAGCUUUCUCACAGGAUUGUUCUAGCACCAUUAACCAGACAGAGAUCUUGGAACAAUGUUCCUCAACCACCUGCUAUCUUACAUUACUCUCAAAGAACCAGCAAAGGGGGUCUUCUCAUAGCCGAAGCUACAGGAGUUUCCGACACUGCUGAAGGGUACUUAUAAAAGUCAUUUUCUGAAGUUCCAUUCAUUUUCUAAAUGAAAAUAAACAAAAUAUGCUGGAGCACAUACUUUCUAGUGUUUUGAUAUUGAUGUUGGCCCUUUCUCUCUCUGUAACGCCCAGGCAUUUCUUUUAAGGGUAAUUUAGGAAAUUGUUAUUAAUAAUUUAAUUAGUUAAUUAAUUAAUUUAAUAAAG